CUCCCGCCUCCUUCCUGGGCUCGCCUCUCUAUUGGAGCUCUGACCUGGCAGUCUUCAAUCGCUGAGCGGUGAUUGGUGGCUGCGGGGCUUGCUGGGCCUGGCUCGCACUUCCGCCCGGGUGUCAGUGGAGAAGCUGAGACCUAGCUAGCAGCAGGCAUGGUCGAAAACGGACCCAAAAACUGUCCAAAAUGCCCGCAAAUUCGACAAAACACAUGGUGUUCGCCGGUGCGGAUUUUCCGAUUGGUGGCAAAAAAAUAACUGCACAGUUCCAGUAGAUUUGAGAGGGAACAUAGCCCCAGGUAUCACCCAGCUGGAGUGUUGAACCCUGAUAAAAUGCAGUAACACCCUCAGUAGUGUGAAGACACAGGAGAGAAGGAUGAACAGCGAGGAGGAGUUUUUUGAUGCCGUGACAGGCACAGACUCUGACAACUCCUCAGCAGAGUUUGCAGAUACCAACCCACGGAUCUCGGAGGUGGUGCUCACAGACCAGAAAACAAUGGCUGAUGAGGAGAGUGGUCCACAGGAGAAUGGAGUAAAAAAGCAUCGGAUUUCUCUUCCUGCCCCCAUGUUCUCUAGAAACAACUUCAGUGUGUGGAGCAUAUUGAAGAAAUGCAUCGGACUGGAACUGUCGAAAAUCACAAUGCCAAUAGUUUUUAACGAGCCCCUGAGCUUCCUGCAGCGAAUCACGGAAUAUAUGGAACACACAUACUUGAUCAACAAAGCAUGUUCAUGUACAGAUCCACUACUCAGAAUGCAGACCGUGGCUGCUUUUGCUGUUUCGGCUGUUGCAUCCCAAUGGGAGAGGACAGGGAAACCAUUCAACCCUCUUCUUGGAGAAACGUAUGAAUUAGUGAGGGAAGACUUAGGGUUCCACUUUGUAUCUGAACAAGUAAGCCACCACCCACCUGUUAGUGCCUUUUAUGCUGAAGGUCUAAACAAGGACUUCAUCUUCCAUGGGUCUAUUUAUCCCAAACUGAAGUUCUGGGGUAAGAGUGUGGAGGCUGAGCCACGAGGAAUCAUCACACUGGAGCUACUUAAACACAAAGAGGUCUAUACCUGGACGAAUCCCACCUGCUGUGUACACAAUGUCAUCAUUGGAAAGCUUUGGAUAGAGCAGUAUGGGACAGUGGAGAUCAUAAAUCACAGUACCGGGGAUAAAUGCAUCCUGAACUUCAAACCAUGUGGUCUGUUUGGAAAGGAGCUGCACAGAGUAGAAGGGUAUAUUCAAGACAAGAAUAAGAAGAAGCUGUGUAUGAUAUAUGGGAAGUGGACAGAGUGUUUGUGGAGUGUGGAUCCAGCUGCAUAUGAAGCCUAUAAGAAGUCAGAGAAGAGAGGAGGGGAACAGAAAAAAUACAAACAGAAUGAAGAAACUGUGAAUCCAGAGACUGAUGAAGCAGAUGAUAUGCCUGAGGUUCAAGAGACUGUGCAGGUCAUAUCUGGAAGUAAACUACUUUGGAGGAUCAGUUGUCGACCUCAGAACUCUUCCCAGAUGUACAACUUCACCAGCUUCGCUGUGGCUCUCAAUGAGCUAGACAAAGACAUGGAGUCCAUAUUGGCACCAACAGACUGCCGUUUAAGACCAGACAUUAGAUACAUGGAGAAUGGGGAUUUAGAUCAGGCUAGCAAUGAGAAGGAAAGGUUAGAAGAGAAGCAGAGGGCAGCCAGGAGGGAACGAGCUAAAACGAAUGAAGAAUGGAGAACAAGGUGGUUUACACAAGGGACUAACCCACACACUAGGACUUCAGACUGGCUCUACAAAGGAGGAUACUUUGAUAGAAAUUUCACAGACUGUCCUGACAUUUAUUGACCCCCAAGACUUUCUAUUGUCUUCUUCAGACCUAGGCACCAUAUCGACAUUUGCACCGGAGCUAAGGCUCACUAACUGUGUUUGUGGGGAUCCAGGCUUUACCUUCUUUUUGGAAACAUUUUAGGAAAGGUUAUUGUUUCGCAAUCAGGGUAUUCAUUAUUUAACUACUUUGGUUGCCGAAAAUAAAUAAAUAAAUAAAACGUAUGUGUAGGUUUGUAUAUGCGGUUAAUAUGCAUAUGCAGACACACAGAUAUUAAUUUGUAGCCAACUGUGCAGGGAUCAUAAAAAGUUACCAAAUCAUCAUGAGGGGUUUUUGGUUUUGUUAGUGUGUGUAUGUGUAUAUGUGUGUGUAUAUAUAUAUAUAUAUAUAUAUAUAUAUAUAUAUAUAUAUAUAUAUUGUGUGUGUGUAUAUAUAUAUAUAUAUAUAUAUAUAUAUAUAAUAUAAUAUAAUAUAAUAAUUCUGAAUUUAAUGACUAAUCACUUGUGAGCGUGUAUCAAUCACUCAUCGCCUGAGAUAUCAAUGCUGGGCGGUGGCAUGCAUCCGCUGUGUAUUACUUUGAGAACUUCAUGUAGUGCAUUGGUAAAACUUUAAAACUUUUCAAAUGUCUAAUCUCUAUACCAAACAUCAAAUUUAUUAUGCACACUCCUGUCCUCCUUCUGCGAGUGGGAGACAUAUAAUUGCUUUUAUUAUUUUUCUGUUUUGCACUGCUCAUUCUGAUUAUAAACACAAGGGUACUGCUUAAAACAUCAACCCCAGAGUGUCUCAAGAAACUACUACUAUAGUGGAAGAGACCAUUAUUUACUGGUAAAGAAAAUGCAGCAAUGUGUUCUGUUUCAUGAAAACACAGAUGCAUUUUUAUCGUUUUCUUUAUGCAGCCCCCUAGAAAUCGAUAGUUAUCUUACUAUCAUAAGGAUGAGAUCUAGAAAAUUAUAUUUUAAUAUUAAUAAAUCAUGCUUCACACUCAACGUACAGAUAUAUAUUUAUUUAUAAACUUGCCAGUAGAACGUAUAUUUAGCAUCCUUCCAUAUUAAGGGAGUUGUAAAAAAAAUUGUGUGGGUCAGUGUGUGAAGCAGUUCACACAUGCAGUGAUUUAAAGCACAGGUUGUCUUGUCAUCAUCUGGUUGAGAUCAGAUAGACGUUGAACAGGUACUGGCAAAAGAUCUGGUCAUCUGACGACUGAUAUCUUACAGUGAUCAUUGUCUGACAGCAGUAAACUUAAUCCUUGUAUGACCUAGUCGCUUGGCUUGAGCAUUCGAUCCAUUCAGUUUGGUCACAUAUAUUGUUGUGUAAUUGUGCACUGAUCUGGUCACAUGGUGGUAAUUCAGAACUGUUUGUAGCAACAAAUUUCUUAGCAGUUGGGAAAAACCAUGGUACUGCAAGGGGGGCAGAUAUAACAUGUGCAGAGAGAGUUAGAUUUGGGUGGGUUCUUUUGUUUCUGUUCAAGUAAAUACUGGCUGCUUUAUUUUUACACUGCAAUUUAGAUUUCAGUUUGAACACACCCCACCCAAAUCUAACUCUCUCUGCACCUGUUAUAUCUGCCUCCCAUGCAGUGGUUUUACCCAACUGCUAACAAAUUUGCUACUACGAUCAGGUCUGAUUUACCCCCUUGGUUCCUAGACUGUGUGGCCAGACCUGUGUUUUUUAAAUGCAAAGCUUUACUGUGUACUAUUGUCUGUCAUUUUUAGAAGUAUGUAGUGUAUAACAUAUUGACAUUUUUGGUGUCCAUUGAGAAGGAGUGUGGGGAGAGGAAAGUUCAUGCCAAGUAGUUCUGUCCCAUCGUAUAUGUGAUCAUAAAAGGACGUUUUUAAAAGAGGUACAUGACAGCAUGGAGACUGAACAACACAAAGAAUGACCUGUCAAUCACUGUUUAUAGUGAAGCUGUGAGACGACAUGGCAGUGUAAAUUAAUAUAUGUACAUACACACACACUUUCUGUUAGUAUUCUUGAUGAAAAGAAUUCAGUCUCUUGCGGUCUAGUAAAAAGACCAAAUGUAAAUUAUUUUCUUUAACACUUUUAAGCCUCCUUCUAUUCACACAUUUUGAUUUCAUGAAUAUUCAAUGCUUCCUCCUCUGAACCAGCCUUAACAAUUGAGUUUAAAUGCAUCUGUGUGUUUGUAUAUGUGUAUAUAAUGUGUGUAUGUAUAUACUCUAUAUUCAUCACUAAAUCCCUAAUAUUUUUGUAGCCAUAUUUAAGAUGCAUAUAAGUGGCUGUUAAUUCACUGAUCGGAGAUGAUAUAAAAGUUGUUUUGCAGUAAUUAUAUAA